GCCCUGCGCGGCCCCGCGGGGGCGGGCCGGGGCGCCCCGCUGCAGCUGGCCGCGGCGGCGGAGAACGCCUCGGGGGCCGCGGCCGCCUUCGGCUGCAGGAGGUACGGCUGCGUCGACGAGAGGACGUGGAGCGCGUGCGGGUGUGGGGCCUACUGCGAGGAGGACGGCAGCUGCUGCCCGGACUACCGCGAGGCCUGCACCGGGCCGACGGCCGAGGGCGGCCUGCUGCGGGGCCGCUGGGACGGCUGCCCGCCCGGCGCGCUGCCGGGGUGGCCCCGCAUCGGGCGCCCGGCGGCGCGGGGCGGGGGCACGCGGCUGAGGGUGCUGUCCUACAACGCGGAGUUGCAUCAGGCGGACGGCCUGCAGGGCGCCAGCGUGGCCGGCCUCGUGGAGGAGGGCGGCCCCUUCGACCUCCUCGGCUUCCAGGGGCUCGACAACCCCUGGCGGGUGUUGUCGGCGCCGGGGCCCGGCCCAGGGCCGCUGCUCGAGGAGUACGAGUUCAUCUCCGGCACACUGGCUCGCCCGGGGGCUCCGCCAUCGGCUUCCGGAACGGGAGCUGGGGCCUGCUCGGGCGCGGGCAGCGCUACGUGGCGGAGGACCUGGGCGGGGACGGCGCCGCGACGCGGAUCGCCCUCUGGGCCAGGUUCCGGCACCUGUCUUCGGGGCUGCGCGUCUUCUUCAUGA